UUCAAAGCCACCAAUUGCAGUUCCCGUCGCCCUCCAGCCCCGCCCACCCCGGAGCUCUAUCUUUGGACUGUACCCUAGGCACAGGGAGCUGCGUCGGGGAGCGGCAGAAGUGAAACUCGCCAAGUCCCCGCAUCACUCUUGUUGGUAGAGACCAUUAGUUAAACGCAGUUAAGCUCAGCCACGAAAUCUGGCCUGUUGGCUUGGUUUGCUGUUUUUAGUCCCGGCCGUGCCUCAGUGCACUCGCUCUCCCUCCCCCCAGCGCCCACAAAUGGGCCCGUCCAGGCCGGGUGGCGCAUGCGCCUCAGAGGCCGGGAGCAGCGGGGGCUGGCCGCGCCGAGCCGGGUCAGCUGUGGAGGGCGCGGGCGACUUUGCCACCCGGAGCUGCUGCGACUCCGACGCCCAGGCCGCCGGCCUUUGGAUGGGGAGUCUUCUCUGGUGACUGUCACUUCAGUCCUCCCUGUGUGGCUUCGAGUCGGGUCGCUCUGCUGCGCUCCAUCCCUUCUCCUAAAGAUGCAUCCUGACUUAUCUCCACACUUGCACACUGAAGAAUGCAACGUCUUGAUUAACUUGCUUAAGGAAUGUCACAAAAAUCACAGCAUUCUGAAAUUUUUUGGUCAUUGCAAUGAUCUUGAUCGGGAGAUGAGAAAGUGCUUGAAGAAUGAGUACAUGGAAAAGAGGACCAAGAGCAGGGAGCAUGGCAAUGCGAUGAGAAAAAGACUUUUUAAUCCCGCAGAGGAAUCUGAAAAAUAAAUUGCAGGCAUACCUCG